ACAAUAUUUGGACCUAUAUAAAUCGAAGAGUAACUAAACUAAACUUCAAAUUCAGGCUUAAAGUUGUUGAAGACAAGUGGCAAUCGCGCGUGCUCAAGUCACGGCUACCGCCAUGUGUUUCCCGCUUGUGCGAGUGGAAAUAACCGUUUCGUUUCGUCAAACUCGGUGCCAAUUUGAACCAGUAAAAAUACAUAGCUCCAUUUUUCAUUUCGAUUUCGAUUCCACACUCCCCAAAAAAAAACCCUCGAUUUUCCGUUUCAAAUUUGCGCUCAGAUUUCGUUUCAUUGGAGUUCUGAAAUUGAAUUGAGUGAUGGAGGAAACCUCCUCGAUCUUGUCAUCUUCUCAAAGAUACGCAACGGCUGCUUUGUUUUCAUUCGCACUGCAUCGAUCACAAUUUCACCAAGGUCGACCUGUGGCUUCUCCUCGCGGCGGCAAUGGUGGUUCUCCGAACACCGUUGACACCUCUCCUGCUUCAGAAAAUACCAAUCUUCCACUUAAAGAUAAUUCGGCUUUGCUUUUCCCUGUUUUUAGGUUCCUCGGAGUGGAUGAACAGGCCUGGCAUGGCCUAAAGGAAACUGCUCGUUCUUCUUCCCAAUUCAGGCAUCAUUUGGGAGAUUUCUUUAAAUUACUGUCAGAGGAAGGUGAGGCAUCUUCUAAAGAAAGAUUGGGUAAAGAAGCUGCAUUGACCAACGCUGUUGAUGCAACAGAGGCAAGCAUGAAUAGUACGGCUGAUUCUUCAUUCGGUGGCCAUGAGGAGAAAUCUAGAAGCCACGAUAAUUCGUGUGAUACUGAGUUAAGAUUAUAUCCCGUGGGUGUUGAUCCUCCUGGUGAAACCAAGGAGAGCACAGCUUUGCUUUCUCUAGAGACACAAUCUUCCACUGCACUUGAAAAUGAAAAAUCUUUGAAGGAGGCAUCCAUCAUCAGUUACCAGAGAAAAGUGUCAGUUCUUUACACUCUUCUUUCUGCUUGUAUAGCAGAUACUGCCGAGGUCGACAAAAAUUACAGCAAGCCAAGACAGGGUUAUGAUGCUCGUCACCGUGUCUCUCUGCGGCUGUUGGCUGUAUGGCUUGGUGUCGAAUGGAGUGAAAUGGAAGCAAUGGAGUCUAUGGUUGCUUUUUCGUUAAUGGAGUCUGCGAGUAAAGCAGGUGACAAGGAAGACGAAUCUAUGGCUUCAGAAACAAGUUGGGAUAAAUGGAAGCGUGGAGGUAUUGUAGGAGCAGCUGCUGUAACUGGAGGAACCAUAAUGGCUAUCACCGGAGGCUUGGCUGCCCCAGCAAUUGCCCAAGGAUUAGGUGCUUUAGCCCCUACAUUGGGCAGUAUUAUUCCUGUUAUUGGAGCUGGUGGAUUCGCUGCAGCAGCAACUGCUACAGGAUCAGUUGCUGGAUCUGUAGCUGUUGCUGCAUCAUUUGGAGCUGCUGGAGCUGGCCUUACUGGGUGUAAGAUGGCUACAAGAAUUGGAAGUCUUGAGGAAUUUGAAUUAUUAGAAGUUGGAGGUACUCAUCAAGGUCAUCUAGCAGUUCGAAUCUCUAUUUCUGGGCUUGCAUUCGAUGAGAAAGAUUUUAUAAAACCCUGGGAAGGUCACGAUAACAUGGAGAGGUAUGUGCUCAAAUUCGAGUCUAAAAAUUUGAUUGCUCUGAGCACUGCCAUCCAGGACUGGCUUACUCAAAAAAUUGUGUCCGAGUUGAUGAGAGGAGGUGCCAUGAUGACAGUAUUAAGCACACUCGUAGCAGCGCUAGCAUGGCCAGCAACUUUAGUCACUGCAUUUGAUCUUAUAGAUAGCAAAUGGGCAAUUGCAAUUGACAGAUCAGAAAAGGCUGGUAAAGUACUUGCUGAUGUGUUGCUGAAAGGUUUGCAAGGGAACAGGCCUGUGACAUUAGUAGGUUUUUCAUUGGGAGCCCGUGUCAUUUUCAAGUGUCUCGAAUUUUUGGCUGAGUCCAAAGGAGACAAUGCUGGAAUAGUGGAAAGGGUUGUUCUCCUUGGAGCACCCAUCUCAAUUGGAGAUGAAAAUUGGGAGGUAGCUAGAAAGAUGGUGGCUGGAAGGUUUAUAAAUGCUUACUCUACGAAUGACUGGACACUUGGUAUAACUUUCCGUGCCAGUUUACUUUCUCAUGGUUUAUCUGGAAUCCAACCUGUUGAUCUUCCCGGCAUUGAGAAUGUUGAUGUGACCCGACUUAUAGAAGGUCACUCUUCCUACCUGUGGAUGGCACCGAAAAUACUGGAGCAGCUUGAAUUGGAUAAUUAUUUUGCUGUUUACAGAGGUGAACAUGAAAAGCCCGAGGAAGAGAAGAGUAUUUUGUGAACUAGCUUUAUAUUCUAUUCUUUUCUCCUCAUUGCUCCCCUCCAACCACAUUUUUUUCCCAAGGAUUAAUAUCAAGCUAUAUAGGUAAAUAAAACAUAAAAAUGGUGGUGUAAUUUAGAAUAAUUGUUGGCGGAGGAGGUGUGUUCCUACAUAGUGCGAUGAGAAGGAAGAGACCGAUCUGACAUGGAAACCUGGAAAAUAUGACUGUUUAGGUUAAUAGGUGAUUAGAGCUUAGCGGUAAUUAUAAAUUCACCUGUCAAUAAGUGUAUAUGUGUGUAAAUGACAGUCAGUUGGAGCGGUUGUAGUGACUGUUCUUUUGAUAGAAUGAUAAAACUAAAACAUCUCGCUGGAAUUUACCAAAAAAUGUGUCAAGGAAAGCUGGAAAUUAUUCUGUUAGACCAUUUCAUUGAUCAGCGCCCUAUAUAUUAGAUAUAAGAUAUAUGGGUGCUUGAAGAUUAACAGCCGAAAUGCUAAACAUCUCCAACUUUCUUAUUCGGAGGGAAAAUAUUCAUAUUGUUCUUUUUUGUAGUUUAUAUUAACCAUCAUUUGUCUAAGAUGUAGUUUGUAACAUUUCUCUUUUGUCGACUGUGCCCCCACAAUGAGAUUAGUAUGAUUCUUUAUAUGCAUAAAUUAGUAUAAAAUUGAUGAUAUUUGAUAUUAGGACUGAGGUAUGAUACCUGAUUAUAGGGAGGAUACAAUUACAAAGGUGCUUAUUUUUUACA